CUCUCCAGGGGCCGCAUCCUUCUGCUGACACCCGGGGGAGCAGCCAGCGAGCGGGCUCUCGGGGCGCAGGCGGGGCUUGCAGGUUGGGGAGUGUUCAGACCGCCCUCCCGCGGCCACACGCACUGACAGGCGGAAGAUUGAGCAACGCGGAGGCACCAAGCCGCUGCUGCGCAACCGGGUUUGUGGUCGGUGACAUCGAAGAGAAGCACCAGUCAUUGCCCCAGCAGGGCGCUUGAGCCACCACCAUGCCUGCGCUGAAAGUCUGCAUCGUUGGUUCUGGAAACUGGGGGUCUGCUAUUGCAAAAAUUAUCGGCAAAAAUAUCCAGAAGUCCAACAGGUUUGAUCCUGUUGUGAAGAUGUGGGUGUUUGAAGAAAUCAUAAAUGGCAGGAAACUCACAGAGAUCAUAAACAAAGAGCAUGAAAAUGUGAAGUAUCUUCCAGGACAUACGUUACCUAAAAACGUGGUGGCUGUAGCAGAUGUCAUUGAAGCAUCGGCUGGGGCAGAUGUUUUCAUCUUUGUUAUACCCCAUCAGUUCAUUACACGAAUUUGUGACCAGAUUGCUGGUCACAUAAAACCAGGAGCAUUCGGCAUUUCACUGAUCAAGGGGGUUGACGAGGGUGCCGAAGGCUUGAAGCUCAUCUCAGACAUCAUUCGGGAGAAACUGAAGAUAGAAGUCAGCGUGCUCAUGGGGGCCAAUAUAGCCAGUGAAGUGGCUGAUGAGAAGUUCUGCGAAACCACCAUUGGGUGCAAAACUGAAAAGCAUGGGCAGAUCUUUAAAGAAUUAAUGCAGACCCCAAAUUUCAGGAUUACCGUGGUGGAUGACUGUGAUACAGUGGAGAUCUGCGGAGCCUUAAAAAACAUAGUAGCAGUUGGAGCUGGAUUCUGCGAUGGAUUGGACUUUGGCGAUAAUACUAAAGCAGCAGUCAUUCGUUUGGGCCUCAUGGAAAUGGUAGCCUUUGCAAAGCUAUUCUGCAGGGGUUCAGUAUCAAUAGCUACUUUUCUGGAGAGCUGCGGUGUUGCUGAUCUAAUCACUACAUGCUACGGGGGGCGCAACAGGAAAGUAGCUGAAGCCUUUGUGCGGACAGGAAAAUCUAUUGAGGAACUGGAAAAAGAGAUGCUGAAUGGACAAAAGCUACAAGGUCCUCAGACUUCAGCUGAAGUCUAUAAGAUGCUGAAACAGAAAAACAUGGUUGAUAAGUUUCCAUUGUUCUCAACUGUCUACCAGAUCUGCUAUGAGGGUAGGUUGGUCCAGGAAUUCAUCUCUUGUCUACAGAAUCAUCCACAACACAUGGUUAAAGCCGUCUAUGAGUGAAUUGUGGUACUUUUUUUAUAUUCCAACCUUCUGAGAAAACCAUGUACAUUAAGGAUGUAACCUACUUUUUGCACAAAAUUGCCUCUAUUUCACUGUCAUGUUAGGGUAUAAGUUAGUGUUUUAUAACUUCUCUAUACAAAGACUGAAGUAAAAGAUUUUUUUCUUCCACAUUUUACAAGAACCCUGUUACAUCCCUGACAUGGAU